AUGUCCCACUUGUGUAAUUUUUUUUUGCAUUUCCAAGUAUGAUGGAAUUGUAACAAGCAGUUGGUUGAAAAGUCUUGAGAUAUAGCAGGAACAGCAAGGAAAGAACAUGAAUAUCUUGGAAAUAUUAAAGCAAGCAUGGUGUUGGGUUUUUGGCAAGGAUAAAAUCCAGGAUCAGUUGGCAACGAAGCACAUCAAUGGAGAAGAAUCUAAACAACUCAGCUUCAAGACCUUUCUAAAGCAGCCGAUCCUAGAGGAGGUUAUAUUUACCGAUUGUAAACCCUUAUGGAGGAUCAGGAUUUGGAACAAUCAGCUGUUUUACAGCGGGGACGAUAAAUGCAUCAAAAGCAUUGGUCAGACUCCGCAUGCUUGCCAAGUCGAAACAGUGACAUUCUCUGGGAACUCUCCUGACGAUUUUUCGAUAACAAAUUCGGGAGAAAUUAUUUACGUAGACUGGCAAGAAAGAGCUGUAUUUUAUUCACAGAAUGGACAGGCGCACCCCAUGAUAAAAUUGAGCGGUUGGAAACCCUGGGCCCUGUGUUGCUCUGACGCCGGCGAUAUUUUGGUCGCCAUGCGAUCUAAUGACGCUAAACGUGCUCGUGUUGUCGGUUACCAAGGGUCCAAAAAGACGAGGGAAUACAGUCUUGAUAGAAAUGGCCGACCUUUGUACGGGUCCCCGACCUUUAUUGCUGAAAACAAGAAUGGAGAUGUCUGUGUCUCUGAUGCCGAUUAUAAUCGCGUCACUGUAGUUGACCAAAAAGGAAAUAUCAAAUUUCACUACCGUGGUCAGCAAGUGGUGAGGAAGUAUCCCACAUUUUAUCCUAAAGGCAUCACCACAGAUAGUCAGUUCAAUAUCCUAGUGGCCGACCAGCAAAAUAACUGUAUACACGUUCUAGAUCGCAUUGGUCAGUUGGUCAGCUUUAUAACAGAAUUAUCUCUGAACGAACCCUAUUGUCUGUGUGUUGGGAAAAGUUAUGAACUAUACGUUGGAGAGUACCAUGAAGGACAAGUUAAGAAAAUUAGAUACCUCGAGUGAAACAAUUAAAAGUUGCACAUUUUAUUCACCCCACUUCUUCUUAUACAGUAUAUAUUCUUAUAAUGU